AUGCCUGCUGCACCUGAGGAUGGCGACGGCAACGGUCACGAGUGCACAUGCUCGGCAAGCGAGUUUGUCAUCGACGUGGCGCAGAGUGGGGCCGGCCAGGGCCGGAUCAUGCGUGUCUGGGGAUGCGACGAGAAGAAGGCUGGCGAGAGCAAGGUCAUCUGGAGCUGCGGCGCGGACCACGUGGACUGGAACGCGUUCGCCGCUGCCCGCCGGUUCCCGCGCGGAUUUGUGGAGAGCGGGCGCGGGCACAUCCAUGUCCCGUUCCAGCCAGUCGACGACGACGAGGUUGUUGGCGGCGUCAUCAUCCCGUUUGUGUGCGGCGCCAAGCGCGCGCUCUGCCGCGUCGCUACCCCUCCCGGCCAAGUUGCAGGCUCGCUCUGCUCAUGGAUGAUCACCCCAGGUAGUGGCGCAGAGACGCUGGUUCGGUCGACGUCAGAGACUCAGCUAGACGUGCUGCGGCAUGCGCUGCUCUCGGUCUUUCCGCCCGAGUCGGAGGACGCUCGCGAGGCGCUUGCCGCCGUCUCGGAGGCCACCUCGCUCGAUGCGGCGCUCAACUAUCUGAUGGCACUGCCGCCGCUGCCGGACACCGAGGCGGAUCGGGCGCUGACCGCGAUUGUGCUGCGGUCCAAGGGCCCGUCGCCGCGCGACGAUGUGGCGGCGGGCGCCGAGAGCGAAAACGCUGGCGACAGCGGCGGCGAUGGCGGCAGGCCGGGGCCGGUGACGAUUCCCGGAAGCGAGGCCUGCGCGCUAGAGGCGACACUUGCAGCGUCGCCAGGCUCGCCGCACUCGUCGCCGCCGCGGCCGCCGCUGCUGACCGUCCCGCCGCCACCCACCUUUGAGUCGCUCAUUGUGCCCGAACAGGAGCAGCUGUACCGCCUCUCGCCGGUGGCCAGCGGUGAUGACGCGACGCUGGAAGAGCUGAUGCAGCAGCUAGCAGACGGUCAGCAGAAGAGUGUGCGCGCGAGCAGCGGUUCGCCGCACUCGUUUACCGAAGCACGGACGGCCAAAGUGGCGUCGCUGGAGCACAAGAUGGCGAUCACGCCGCUGGCGGUCGAUGUCAAGCGCGGAGCCGCGGCGAUACCGGUCGACGUGGCGGCGGCGGUGGCGCAAGCAGAGGCCGGUAAGCGAGCCGGCCUCGCGGAGCUUGCGCCGCUGUCGGACGGGUCGGAGACUGGACUUGCACCGCUUGGCCCGCGGGCGCGGCGCCUGCCUGUAGCUGGGCGGGCUAUUUCGCGGCCGGGCUUCAAGGUGCCGUCGCUUGCGUUGGUGGGCUCGAGCUCGGGUUCGUCGGGCCCGCAGUCUGUCGGGCCACGAGCAGUGCGGAUCGACGAGGCCGGCAGCGAGUCGGCAAGCAACGAACCGCCGCGGCGGACGUUCUCGCUCCAGCCGCUGGCGGUCAAGCCGUUUGAAGGCGUGCGGGCGAUCCGGACUGAUGCCGGGCGCGAGCGGCACGCCGAGCCUGCGUCUGGUGGGCUCUCGCCGGGCCUGGCGUCCAUUCUGGGUAAGGCAGCCAAGACGACGCCGCUGGCAGACGAGACUGACGACGACUUGCUCGACUUGAUCAACAUCUCUGACGACGACGACGCAGCGCUGUUUGAGGCGUCGGAUACCGGAACGCUCUCGGGAGCGCUGAUGAGCGGUGGCAGCGGGCGCAGCAGCGAGCUGGUGAGCUCGCGCGGGACGCUGGAGGAUGUCGAGAACGGGCUGCGGAUGACGCCGUUUGGGUUUUCGAUGCUCUCCGAGUCGUGCGGGCAUACCGAGGCCAUGUUCUCCCCUCGCGUCACGCCGCGGCUGCUGGAGCGGUUCGAGGCCAAGUGGGGCCAGCUGUCGGAGCGCCCUGUAGCUCAAGGACUCGGAUCAGGCGCGAGCAACGGCGAGGGCGGAGUGAGCGGGGGUGGAAAGGCCACCGCCGGUGGCGUCCGCGGCGUGGCGUUCAACGAGUUGGAGAUCCUGGGCAAGCUCGGCAAGGGUGCGUCCGGCACAGUGUUCAAGGUCCGGCACAUUCCGUCGGGCGAGUUGAUGGCGGAGAAGACAAUUCCGCUUGCGACAAACCCUGAUAUCCGCAAGCGGAUUGCACGCGAGCUGCGGGUGCUUGCGCGGUGUGACUCGCCAUUUAUUGUCCAGUUCAAGGGCGCGUUCUUUUCCGAGGGCUCGAUCAAGGUGUGCAUGCAGUACAUGGACCGCGGCUCGCUCCGCGACCUGUACGCAGCCGUGGGCUCGGUGCCUGAGCCUGCACUUGCCGCCUUUGCCCUCUCGAUCACCGAAGGCCUGCACUACCUCAAGACCCGACUCAACGUCAUGCAUCGCGACGUCAAGCCGGAAAACGUGCUGGUCAACUCUGCGGGCGAGGUUAAGCUCUGCGACUUUGGCGUAUGCGUCAACCUGGUCAACUCGCUGGCGUCGUCUGUGAUCGGGACGCAGUUGUACUUUGCGCCCGAGCGGCUAAGCCACACCUCCGAGGGCCCUGCGCCGUACACCGUCCAGGCCGACGUGUGGUGCAUGGGCCUCCUCCUCGCCGAGGUCGCGCUGGGUGAGUUUCCGUACCCGCCGCGCGAGCACGGGCCCGACUGGACGCCGCCUACAGUCGGUGCGCCGCCGCCGAGCCUCUCCAUCAUGGAGCUUCUGUACUUUUUCCUCAACGCCGACUCGCCGUCGCUGCCGUCGCCGGCAUACUCGGAGCAGGCGCGGUCGUUCAUCAACGCGUGCUUGAUGAAGGACGGCAAAGCACGGCCAACGCCGUCGGAGCUCCUCAAGCACCCGUUCAUCGCCGCCAACGCCUUUCCCGACUUUCACCUCGGCGAGUGGCUGUCCAAGGUCUACGACGGCGACUCCGCGUCGGCGUAGCAAGUGGCAGCGUCGAGUAUGAAACGAUGCAGAUCCCCUCUCCCACUAUGACCCGGUGGAAACGCGCGUCGAGGCGGCAGCAAGCCGGCGACGCUCGUUCUCAAGCUCGACCUCGCGCUGCAGAGCAUCGUAAAGGAUCUCCUCUAUCUCG